GCUGCCGAACAGGCGUCUGGUUGCUAUGACUACGUGAGUGACGUAGCGUAACCCCGGCGGGGAGGAGACACUUCCGGACGCUGUCGGCAGCGCCGUGCUCACACCUUGUCUGUUUUUGUGCGUAUAUAAGAGGGGCAGAUGCUGCCGAACAGGCCUCUGGUUGCUAUGACUACGUGAGUGACGUAGCGUAACCCCGGCGGGGAGGAGACACUUCCGGACGCUGUCGGCAGCGCCGUGCUCACACCUUGUCUGUUCUUGUGUGUAUAUAAGAGGGGUACAAUCUGGCUAUGUUUGUCAUUAUGCAGCUGUACUUUGAUCAGUGUUAUCGUCUGUUCAUAUACAAGGAGUUUGCAGUGAAUAGCGGAGCCCUGGACUUGUGAUUGAGCUGAUUCAUGUGGCAGAUGGACUUUGGUAGGGGUCUGUGAGACGAGUCUGGUCUUCUUAAUAAGGCCCAGCUCAGGGAAUUAAGGUAAAACAUUUUGGGAUAUAAUGGACCAUGGAGCCCCUCCUUGGCUCAGUCAACCUCAGACAAAGGAAACCAUAGAAAUGGACCCUUGGAGCAGAAUGCAUCUUCACCCUCCGCCUCAUCACUAUAGAAACAGCAACUAUGGCUACUACCAACAACCAUACCGAGCAGAUCCUCACCAAGCUUGGUCAGACCCCUGGCUGGAUUAUUAUUCUCAACAGCCCCCUAGGACACACCAUCAGAGAGAAUGGGGUCGUCCACCAUCAAGGGCUGAGAUUUAUCAAAGAACCGAAGUUCAACGUACAUUAUCUCGACAGGGAUAUGAUGAGAGAUAUGGAUAUUAUGAUGCAACCUCCAGGGAUUAUGCAUACCAAGUGCAUUAUCACAAUCGUCAGACUCCUGUGCCGGAUGAUUAUGAUCGGAUAAGAGCAACUCAGAGCUCACAGACACAGCAAUGGGUCCAUUCCCAGAGACGUUAUCCUGAGGACCAGGUGUCUACUAGCGACAAGCAGCCACGAACGGACGGCCAAAACUGGAAUCAGGGCUAUGAGAACAGUAGUGACCUGAUUUCCAACAGUGAACGGAAUGAAGAGGCAAUGGGAAAAUUAGAGCCUUUUUGUCCUGUGGAACCAAGUCUGCUUUCCCAAUACCGUGAUUCUGGUAUGUCCUCAAGCAGCUAUGAGCUAAGUCAGUACAUGCACGAUUCUACUGACUUCAUUGGUCAUGGUAGCUGGAGUAACAAGCCGUCUGAGGCUUCAGUGUGCACUCCUCAGCCUACUACCCCUAUGAAGUUUUCUCUUCCACACGUCUCGGUUUGCUUCGGAGCAAGAGGUCACCUGGUUAGGGUGUGCCCUAACUUCCCAGCUGAUGGACAGCCUGCCAUUGUGGAGAUACACAGCUUGGAGGUUAUUCUUAAUGAGACAGCAGAGCAGGAGGAAAUUAGGAAUUUUCCAGGCCCAGUACAGAGAGAAGAUUUACACAAAGUGGACAUUAUGAAUUUUUGUCAGCAAAAUAUAGAGCAGUGUUUGCGUUCAGGGAGCCCACAGAGGCGUGACGAUGCUCUGCUUUGGCAGAUGUUGCUGCAGAUGUGCCGACAGAAUGGGUGUAUUGCUGGGUCAGAUGUGGCUGAGCUCCUCCUCCAGAACUGCAAACGUGAUAGAUACCAAAGAGAACAACCCAAAACCAACCUCAUCAACCUGGAUAUGGAGCCACCACUGAUGAUGGACGUUGGACCAGUGGAUCUACUGACUGGGGAGAUGCCUUCUGCUGAAGAGACCUCUGCACAGGCGGUGGAGAAGUAUACCAGACUGUUGUUCUUUGGCCGUAAAAAAGCAACUCUUGAAUGGGCAAUGAAGCAUAAUCUAUGGGGACAUGCGUUUUUCCUUUCCAGUAAAAUGGACCCAAGGGCAUACAGCUGGGUUAUGACAAGGUUCACAAGUACCUUGGCCCAGAAUGACCCCUUGCAAACCCUCUUCCAACUCAUGGCUGGACGGACCCCACAGGCAUCUACAUGCAGCGGAGACACAAAGUGGGGGGACUGGAGGCCACAUCUGGCCGUUCUCCUCUCCAAUCAAACGGCAGAUUCGGAUCUAAAUCGACGUGCUAUUAUCACCAUGGGCGACAAUUUAGUUCUUAAAGGCUUCACAGAGGCCGGGCACUGCUGCUACCUGACAGCUGGUACACCCUUUGGCCAUUAUUAUGAGAAAUCAGACCGACUAGUUUUGCUGGGCAGCAGCCACAGUCAAACAUUUAAGAAAUUUGCUACCUCUCAAAGCAUCCAACGGACUGAAAUUUUGGAAUAUUGUCAAAGCCUGGGGAAACCCAAUCAUUGUAUCCCGUACUUCCAGGUAUAUAAAUUAUUAUACGCCACACGCUUGCUGGAUUACGGCCUGCCGUCCCUGGCUCUGCAUUACUGCGAGUGCAUCGCCGCUGCUGCUCUCACUCAGUCUCGAUCUCUGGUGCUGAUAACUGAGUUAAUCAAGUUAGCAGAACGUUUGAGGUUUUCUGACCCACGUCUUCUGGAUUUACCAGAGCUGAAGCAGCAUCAUGAACCAGAAUGGCUGUUGCAGCUACGUUCUUUACUGAGAGAAUUACAGGAGGAGACAGAUGCAGGUAAACAGCUCCCAGCCCAUUAUGCCAGCCCAAGGGACCAAACAGGAGGAACAGAGACACCUAUUUUACAAGAGGAACACCAAUGUCCACAAGAGGAUUACUGUGUAUUAGAAGAGCAAACUGUGCAGAAGAGUGUAGAACAAGGAACCGCUUGGACAACUGAGUAUACCCAGCAACUGCCUGUAGCCGUUCAGGGUGACAAUAACAGUCAAUGGGCACCAUCAGAGCCACCGCCAAACUCUGCAGUGCCCUCCAGUGGUCACAUCUAUGAAGAUCAGCAAAUCAAUGGUCCUCCACCAGAAUGCACCUUGAUGGAAGGGUCCACAGAGCCCUAUCCCAUAACAAGCUUUGGCAACACUGACCAUUCAAAGCAGUCACUUAUAACUAGAAGAAUCAGGACGGUCUCAGAGACUUCCAGCAUCUCAGUGGAAGAAGAUGAGGAGGAAAGCGAAGAACCAUCAGCAACAGAAUCUAAUAAAAACAAGGGCUCAGGUUUUGGAUGGUUUGGAUGGUUUCGUUCAAGACCAGCUAAAGAUACGGCAGCUACAGAAGAAGAAACCCCUAAAACCACAGAUUCUACAAUUCAGGAGGAUCCCAGCACAACUAGAGAAAUGCCUUCUCUUCCUCCUCCACCUCUAUCAACCAGUCACUUGCCUCCUCCACCCAAUAUCCCAACGUCACACACCCAAACCAACCCAUUUUCCAGAAGCUCAGGAAUAAAGAAAAUUGAAGAACAGCAGAAUAUAAAAAGCAACCUAGAAUUUCCUGGAUCCCAGAGUCAUCCUGAGAAUGUGGUAACACCUCCAGAUCGUAAUGCAGGAAAUAUUCCAUUAUAUAACCCAUCACAGUUUUACUCAGGCACUGGCCAAAUCAUGAACAAACCCAGCCAACCAUUCCGACGGCGCUAUCCAAUACAGCCUUCAUAAACAACUACCUGCAAUAAUUAGAGAAGAAAGCAACUAUGGUGAUGAAUCUACAGUACAAAAUGUUUGGUUUUCUACCUUUAUGUUAUGUUUGAUGCAUGCUGUUUGCAUCAUAUUCCCAUCUUGUUCAGAACCUUAAAUGGACAUUUAAGCACCAUUAAAGUUUUAGAUUGGAUGCUCUGAUUUGUUUGAGCAUGAAGUUUUAACUCUAUUGACCCUGCAAUGCUAUAUGCUUAGCCCCAGUUAAAGUACCGUUUAGGAGCAACAGAGCAGCUAAUCCCAAGAGGAAACUGCCAUUAAGCCAAUCAGCAGCGCUAGUAGCACAGCUGGGUUGUGAAACUACCUAAGCUGAUUGGGUCCUAAACACCCAUAGGACUAGAUUACAAGUGGAUCGGUAGUUUGUGCUCUAAUUUGUGCGUUAACUCCGCUUGAAGUUUGGCUUUUCGCACGCGUCAGGUAGCGCACGUAUUACAAGUUGAAAAUAAAAAGUUUUCGCUCACUCGCUAAUCCAACGUGCGUGAAAAGCCCGAACUUCGAAUCUCACAACCACGUUAACAUAUUCCCCCAUAAACUUCAAUGAAGCAUGAAAAUUUUGGAGGAAAAACUAACACCCUUGCACGUGAGUAAACGCGAUCGCAUUUUCUCAAGUGCGCUAAACCCACAUGAAAUAUUUCCAUUGCCAAUGUUCUUCACAUAGAAGAAUAUGUUCUAUUUAUUCAUAAAUACAUA